CAUUGAGGCGACCACUUUGUCGAUUAAGGGCGAAAUCGGAGCUGGAGAAGACUGAAACGGCGGCGUUUUCGCCUGUAGACCACCGGAAUAAGAAGUGGCGCUGCAACUGGAGGGCAAAAAGGGUAUUCUGCAUAGGGGGUUUGAAAGCAACACCGUUUGCGGUUGCGUGCAUCACCAACCCACCCACUCUCUUUACACCUGCCAACCAUCUGUGGGGAUAAUCAUUUUUUGAUUUGGGAAAUCCUGAUUCUGGAGCUCAAGAAUUUUCUUGGAAAAUGGUUCAUCACUCCAGUUUCGUUGAUGAUGAGGGAAUCACUAAAGCUUGUGGGUGUCCUCUGCUUCCUUUAAAAAGUCAUAUAAAGGGUCCUGCCCCAGUUUCAGAUCAAGAUAGGACUGAUAUUGUUGAUGAGGCAAUCACAUUUUUCCGCGCUAAUGUCUUUUUUAGAAACUUUGAUAUCAAGAGCUCGGCUGAUAAGCUCCUUAUCUAUCUGACAUUCUACAUCAAUGUGGCAUUGAAGAGGCUUGAGGGCUGUAGAACUCUGGCUGAAGGAACCAAGGCAAUCAUAAACUUGGGUUUGGAAAAGGUCCCUGUGCCUGGAGAGUCAGGUUUUCCUUUUCCUGGCCUUUUUGCCCUUCCUUUAUCUCAACCAGAAGCAGAGCUAUUCAGGAAUUAUCUGAAGCAGAUAAGGGAGGAGACAAGUGGGAGACUACUGAGCGUUGCAUAUAGACCCAAUGGGACCCCAAAUAAAUGGUGGUUGGCAUUUGCCAAGCGGAAAUUCAUGAACAUUAUUGUUCCUUAAAACAAUUUAUUUGUAGAGGUUGUACAAAUGCGAGGACCAUAUAGGCACUUGAUGAAUGUAAUUGUGAUGUUAUUAAUUACCCAAUGAGAGAACCGUUGUCUUCAAUAUUUGUUGCGGAUGUUUGGUAAUAAGAUGAAGCUCAUGAGCCAUUCAAAGCACACAACUGUUUAUGUAGGAAAUAGAAGAAAAUGUGUCGGGCUUAUUUGAUUGUGCAAGAAAAUGUGUGAGGGGUUAUUUGUUUGUGUCA